GUUCAAUAUUCCGUUCUGGGGCACAUAUCCUGUCUCAAAUUCCUCCACUCUGGGCUCCUCGACGCAAAGGCACGCCAUUGUUGCAAGGCAAGACUCUAGAGCCUACUUUGGAGUGCACGCCAGGACGUGGUCUGGAUCCAAGACUAGAUACUUGAGUGUCGGUGUGUGGCUCGGCUCACCCUGGGUCCAUACUGUAAACUGACACAGACAGAGAGUCCGUGGUAACCAGGGUUUGGAGGAACAGCCAUACAAACUAAUGGGAUCGGGGAAUCUGGCCCAGGUGCUGCUGGGAUGGGCAGCGGUAUGUUUUAUGGCCGUUCAAGUGGCGUGCGGUCAGACCGGGGAUGGACCAUACCACGCUAGCCGCUUUACCGGAGCUGUGGAUCAGAGGGAGGUGCAGAGGGUGCGACGCCGAGGCCAGGAGACGCUUAGAGGGCCCAAUGUGUGCGGCUCUCGCUUUCAUUCCUAUUGCUGUCCUGGCUGGAAGACUCUCCCCGGGGGAAACCAGUGUAUCGUCCCCAUCUGUAGGAACUCAUGUGGUGAAGGCUUCUGCUCCAGACCCAACAUGUGUACCUGCUCCAAUGGCCAACUUUCCCCAAGCUGCGGAGCAGGAGCCGGAGUUCAGUCCUGUAACGUCAGGUGUAUGAACGGAGGCAGCUGCCAGGGAGAAUCCUGCUCCUGCCAGAAGGGCUACACAGGCAUCCACUGUGGACAGCCUGUGUGUGAAAAUGGCUGCCAGAACGGUGGGCGCUGCAUUGGGCCCAACAGAUGUGCCUGUGUCUACGGCUUCACUGGCCCGCAGUGCGAGAGAGAUUACCGGACUGGACCUUGCUUCACCCAGGUGAACAACCAGAUGUGCCAGGGACAGCUCAGCGGCAUCGUCUGCACCAAAACCCUCUGUUGUGCCACAAUCGGUCGUGCUUGGGGCCACCCCUGUGAGCAGUGCCCCGCCCAACCACACCCCUGUAGGCGAGGCUUCAUCCCCAACAUCCGCACUGGAGCCUGCCAGGACAUCGAUGAGUGCAGCACCAUUCCGGGCGUGUGUGAUGGAGGAGAAUGCACCAACACUGCUGGCAGCUACGUCUGCACCUGUCCACGAGGCUACAUCACCAGCACAGAUGGCUCCAGAUGUGUGGACCAGCGUGUGGGGACCUGCUUCUCCGCUCUGGCUAACGGACGCUGUGCAGCAGAGUUGAGUGGCCAGUAUACCAAGAUGCAGUGUUGCUGUGAUACAGGCCGCUGCUGGGCCUUGGGACAGAUUCCAGAGAUGUGCCCCGUCAGGGGGUCAGAUGAGUUUAGGCGUCUUUGUAUUGUGGGCGUUCCCCAAGGCCAUGGCCUCCCCAACGGCUACCCCAAUGGUCACCUCCCCAAUGGACACUUCCCCAACGGCAACGGCAACGGCUUCAGCUAUGGAUUCAAGUUCCCCAACGGACCGAAUGGUAACGGUAACGGAGGAGGCAUUAGCGGGAACGGCGGAGUUAAUGGAGGAGGACUUCUGACCCCAACAAACAUAGGCACAGUGUCAGUGAAUGACACCAUUGACGUUUGCAAACAUUUCACCAACCUGUGUCUGAAUGGACGCUGCAUCCCCACACCCAACAGUUACCGCUGCGAGUGUAACAUGGGCUACAAGCAGGACGUACGUGGGGAGUGUAUUGAUGUGGAUGAGUGUGUGAGUAACCCCUGUAUCAAUGGAGACUGCGUGAACACACCUGGAUCAUACCACUGCAAGUGUCGUGAAGGGUACCAGGGGACGCCUACCAAGCAAGCCUGCAUUGACAUUGACGAGUGCAUAGUGAACGGCGUGAUGUGCCGUAAUGGACGUUGUGUCAAUACUGAGGGAAGCUUCCAGUGCAUCUGCAAUGCUGGCUUUGAGCUCACUCCUGAUGGGAAGAACUGCAUUGAUCAUGAUGAGUGUGCCACCACCAACAUGUGUCUUAAUGGCAUGUGUAUCAAUGAAGAUGGCAGUUUCAAAUGCAUUUGUAAGCCUGGCUUCGCCUUGGCACCAAACGGACGCUACUGCACUGACAUUGACGAAUGCCAGACUCCUGGCAUCUGUAUGAAUGGCCGCUGUAUCAACUCUGAGGGAUCCUUCCGCUGCGAGUGCCCACCGGGACUGGCUAUUGACGUAGACGGGAGAGUGUGUGUGGACACACACAUGAGGACCACCUGCUAUGGCGCCAUAAAGAUGGGCACAUGUUCUCGACCUUUACCUGGUGCGGUGACCAAGUCAGAGUGUUGUUGUGCCAAUCCCGAACACGGGUUUGGAGAGCCUUGUCAGCCCUGUCCCGCUCGAAACUCAGCUGAGUUUCAGGCUGUGUGUAGCAGUGGGAUCGGCAUCACAGCUGAUGGCAGAGAUAUCAAUGAGUGUGCCCUGGACCCAGACAUCUGUCAGAAUGGCAUGUGUGAGAACCUGAGAGGAAGCUACCGUUGCAUCUGCAACAUCGGUUACGAGUCAGACUCUAGUGGCAAGAACUGUGUUGACAUCAACGAAUGUCUGGUGAACCGUUUGCUGUGUGAUAACGGAAAGUGUAGGAACACCCCUGGCUCCUACACCUGCUCCUGUCCCAAGGGCUUCGUCUUCAAACCUGACUCAGAGACAUGUGAAGAUAUCAACGAGUGCGAGUCCAGCCCGUGUGUCAAUGGAGUGUGCCGAAACGUGGCUGGGUCCUUCAACUGCGAAUGCUCCCACGGCAGCAAGCUGGACUCUACUAAUACCAUCUGUGUGGACAGUAUGAAGGGUACAUGUUGGCUGAACAUCCAAGAUGGUCGCUGCGAGGUCAACAUCAAUGGAGCUACACUUAAGUCUGAAUGUUGUUCCACGCUGGGAGCUGCCUGGGGCAGCCCCUGUGAGCGCUGUGAGAUUGACACUGCCUGCUCUCGGGGAUUUGCUCGUAUGAAAGGCCUCAACUGUGAAGACAUUAACGAGUGUGAGGUGUUCCCUGGGGUGUGUACCAAUGGCCGGUGUGUGAAUACACAAGGCUCAUUCCGCUGUGAGUGUGCCGAAGGUCUCACCUUGGACGGUAGUGGACGCACCUGCGUGGACGUGCGUAGCGAGCAGUGCUACAUGAAGUGGCAUGAGGAUGAGUGUGGUGAGCCGCUGCCAGGGCGAUAUCGUGUGGACAUGUGCUGUUGCUCAGUGGGCGCCGCCUGGGGUAUCGACUGUGAGGAGUGUCCCAAACCAGACACAGCCGAGUACAGGGCCAUCUGUCCCCGGGGGCCCGGCUUCGCCAACAGGGGAGAUAUACUGACUGGCAGGCCCUUCUAUAAAGAUGUGAACGAGUGCAAGGUGUUCUCAGGUCUGUGCACUCACGGCACUUGCCGGAACACAAUCGGCAGCUUCAAGUGUCGCUGCAGCAGUGGCUUCGCCCUCACCGCAGAAGAGAGGAACUGCACAGACAUUGAUGAGUGCCGCAUUUCCCCGGACCUGUGUGGCCACGGUACCUGUGUUAACACACCUGGCAGCUUUGAGUGCGAGUGCUUUGAGGGCUAUGAGAGCGGCUUCAUGAUGAUGAAGAACUGCAUGGAUAUCGAUGAGUGUGAGAGGAAUCCCCUGUUGUGUCGGGGAGGGACCUGCCUGAACACAGAGGGGAGUUAUGAAUGUGAAUGUCCCCCUGGACAUGCACUCAGCACCGAUGGCUCCGCCUGUGAAGAUGUGAAUGAGUGCCAGCUGAGUGAAAACCUGUGUAAGAAUGGUCACUGUGUCAACAUGGUGGGCACCUACCAGUGCUCCUGUGAUACGGGCUACCAGGCCACACCAGACCGACAGGGCUGCGUUGAUAUUGAUGAGUGCACCAUCAUGAAUGGAGGCUGUGACACCCACUGUACCAACUCUGAGGGGAGCUAUGAGUGUAGCUGUAGUGAAGGCUAUGCCCUCAUGCCCGACCUCAGGACCUGCGCAGAUAUUGAUGAGUGUGAAGAGAGCCCAGACAUCUGUGAUGGAGGACAGUGUACCAACAUCCCCGGGGAGUACCGUUGUUUGUGUUACGAUGGCUUCAUGGCCUCCAUGGACAUGAGGACCUGCAUUGAUGUGAAUGAGUGUGACUUGAACCCAAACAUCUGCCUCCACGGCGACUGCGAGAACACCAAGGGCUCCUUUAUAUGCCACUGUCAGCUAGGGUACUUUGUCAAGAAGGGCUCAACGGGUUGUACAGAUAUUGAUGAGUGUGAGAUUGGGGCUCAUAACUGCGACAUGCAUGCUGCCUGUGUCAAUGUUCCUGGAAGCUUCAAGUGUCGCUGCCGAGAUGGCUGGAUCGGAGACGGUAUCAAGUGCGUGGACCAAGAUGAGUGCUCUGCAGAGGACCACAACUGCAACCCCAAUGCAGACUGUGUCAACACACCUGGAUCUUACCGCUGUACCUGCAAGGAGGGCUUCAAUGGAGAUGGUUUUUCCUGCUCAGAUAUGGAUGAGUGUGCAGACAAUGUGAACCUUUGUGAAAAUGGCCAGUGUCUGAAUGCUCCAGGUGGCUACCGCUGUGAGUGUGAAAUGGGCUUCACUCCUACAGAGGACAGCAAGGCAUGCCAAGACAUUGAUGAGUGUAAUUUCCAGAACAUCUGUGUGUUUGGAACGUGCCAGAACCUUCCAGGGAUGUUCCGCUGUGUGUGUGAUGAUGGUUAUGAACUGGACCGCAGUGGUGGAAACUGCACUGACAUCAACGAGUGUGCCGACCCAGUGAACUGCAUCAACGGGCUGUGUGUGAACACUCCAGGAAGCUACCUCUGCAACUGCCCACCGGACUUUGAGCUCAACCCCACCGGAGUGGGCUGUGUUGACACCCGCGUUGGCAACUGUUUUCUGGAUACGUUGGCACGUGGCGAUGGAGGAAUCUCCUGCAGUGCAGAGAUUGGAGUGGGUGUGACCAGAGCUUCCUGUUGUUGCUCCCUGGGAGGCGCUUGGGGGAACCCGUGUGAACUCUGCCCGGCUCCCAACUCUACUGAAUACAAGACUUUGUGUCCUGGAGGAGAAGGUUUUAGACCCAACCCUAUCACUGUCAUCCUGGAAGAUAUUGAUGAGUGUCAGGAGUUGCCAGGCCUCUGUCAGGGUGGUAACUGUGUCAACACGUUUGGCAGCUUCCAGUGUGAAUGUCCAGCAGGCUACUACCUCAAUGAGGAGACACGUAUCUGUGAGGAUAUUGAUGAGUGCACCACCCACAUUGGGAUAUGUGGCCCUGGUACCUGCUACAACACUCUGGGCAAUUACACCUGCGUGUGUCCUCCUGAGUACAUGCAGGUCAACGGAGGAAACAACUGCAUGGACAUGAGGAAAAGUGUCUGCUACCGCAACUUCAAUGACACUUGUGAGAACGAGUUGUCCUUCAACAUGACCAAGAAGAUGUGCUGCUGUGCCUACAAUGUGGGCAAGGCCUGGAACAAACCCUGUGAGGCCUGCCCUACGCCUGCUACCUCUGAGUACCAAUUACUAUGUGGUAACCAGGCUCCUGGCUUCAUCAUUGACAUCCACACUGGCAAACCCAUUGACAUUGACGAGUGCAGAGAGAUCCCAGGUAUUUGUGCCAACGGCGUUUGCAUCAACCAGAUAGGAAGCUUCCGUUGUGAAUGUCCCAUGGGUUUCAGCUACAACAACAUACUACUUAUCUGUGAAGAUAUUGAUGAAUGUAACAGCGGGGACAACCUGUGCCAACGCAACGCCAACUGUAUCAAUAUUCCCGGCAGCUACCGCUGCGAGUGCUCGCCAGGCUUCAAGCUAUCCCCCAGCGGUGCCUGUGUGGACCGUAAUGAGUGCCAGGAGAUUCCUAACGUCUGCAGCCAUGGAGAGUGUAUUGACACACAGGGCAGCUACCGUUGUCUCUGCCACAAUGGCUUCAAGGCCACUGCUGACCAGACCAUGUGCAUGGACAUCGAUGAGUGUGACAGACAGCCAUGUGGUAACGGCACCUGUAAGAACACAGUUGGAUCUUACAACUGUCUCUGCUUCCCUGGCUUUGAGCUCACGCACAACAAUGACUGCAUGGACAUAGAUGAGUGCAGCGCCCUGCAGGGCCAAGUGUGUAGGAAUGGACAGUGUAUCAACGGGCUUGGCUCCUUCAAGUGUUUAUGUCAAGCUGGCUAUGAGAACACGCCAGAUGGAAAGAACUGUGUCGACAUCAAUGAGUGUGUGAGUCCGCCUGGCACCUGUUCCCCUGGAACCUGUCAGAAUCUGGAUGGAUCCUUCCGAUGCAUCUGCCCACCUGGAUAUGAAGUGCAAAAUGACCAGUGUAUAGACAUCAACGAGUGUGAAGUGGAGCCUAACAUCUGUCAAUUUGGCACAUGCACCAACACCCCCGGCAGCUUCCAGUGUAUCUGCCAGCCGGGCUUCGUACUCUCUGACAAUGGACGGCGCUGCUUCGACACCAGAAAGAGCUUCUGCUUCACCAAAUUUGAGGCAGGGAAGUGCUCCGUGCCCAAAGCCUUGAACACCACCAAGGCAAAAUGCUGUUGCAGCAAGAUGCCUGGCGAGGGCUGGGGACUCCCCUGUGAGCUGUGUCCACGCGAGAGCGAGGCUGCUUUUAACACCCUGUGUCCCUACGGCCAUGGAGCCCUGCCUGGACUGGGUGAUGCCCGUGAGGAUAUGAAUGAAUGUCUGGACAACCCUGACACCUGCCGGAACGGCAUCUGUAUAAACACAGAUGGCUCGUACCGCUGUGAGUGUCCAUUUGGUUACAACCUGGACUACACUGGAGUCAACUGUAUCGAUACGGAUGAGUGCUCCAUAGGAAACCCUUGUGGUAAUGGAACAUGCACUAAUGUGGUGGGAGGCUUUGAGUGUUCCUGCCAGGAGGGCUUCGAACCUGGUCCGAUGAUGACUUGUGAAGACAUCAAUGAGUGUUCUCAGAACCCCCUGCUGUGUGCUUUCCGUUGUGUUAACACUUUCGGCUCCUACGAGUGUAUGUGUCCCGCCGGCUACGUUCUGAGAGAUGACCAUCGCAUGUGCAGAGAUCAGGACGAGUGUUCAGAGGGGCUGGAUGACUGUGACUCCAGGGGCAUGACCUGUAAGAACCUGAUUGGUACCUUCAUGUGUAUCUGCCCCCCUGGCAUGCAGCGCAGGCCUGAUGGAGAGGGCUGUAUGGACCUGAAUGAGUGCCGUGCCAAGCCUGGCAUCUGUAAGAACGGGCGUUGCAUCAACACAGUUGGUAGCUACCGCUGCGAGUGUAAUGACGGCUUCGAACCCAGCUCCACUGGCACUGAGUGUAUUGACAACCGACAGGGCUUCUGUUACGUGGAGGUUCUCCAGACCAUGUGCCAGCAGUCGUCCACCAACAGAAACAGCGUCACAAAGUCUGAGUGCUGCUGUAACACGGGGCGUGGUUGGGGUCCUCAGUGCGAGCUCUGUCCGCUGCCUGGCACAGUACAGUACAAGAAGAUGUGCCCGCUCGGACCUGGGUACACCACCGACGGUAGAGACAUCAAUGAGUGCCAGGUCAUGCUGGAUUUGUGUAAGAACGGCCAAUGCAUCAACACCAUUGGAUCCUUUCGCUGUCACUGCAAUGUGGGCUACAAAACUGACUACACUGGAACUGCCUGUGUUGAUAUGGAUGAGUGUGCUCAGUCUCCCAAGCCGUGCAACUUCCUCUGUAAGAACACAGAGGGCAGCUAUCUGUGCUCCUGCCCCAGAGGAUACACCCUGCAGCCCGAUGGAAAGACCUGCAAAGAUCUGGAUGAGUGUUCCACCAAGCAACAUAACUGUCAGUUCCUGUGUGUCAACACUAUUGGAGGGUUCACCUGCAAGUGCCCCCCUGGCUUCACCCAGCACCAAACUGCCUGUAUUGACAACAAUGAGUGCAUGGGCCAAAACAGCAUGUGUGGCUCCCAGGCCUCCUGCAUCAACACUCCUGGAAGCUUCAACUGUGAAUGUUCUAAAGGUUUCUCUUUGGACACCACGGGCCUGGCCUGCGAGGAUGUCGAUGAGUGCAACAGUAACCACCGUUGUCAGCAUGGCUGUCAGAACAUGGUCGGGGGUUUCCGCUGUGGCUGCCCUCAGGGCUAUGUGCAACACUACCAGUGGAACCAGUGUGUGGAUGAGAAUGAGUGUCAAGGUGGGACGGUGUGUGGAUCCGCCUCUUGCUACAACACCCUGGGCAGCUUCAAGUGUGUGUGUCCAUCUGGCUUUGACUUUGAGCAGAACAGUGGCGGCUGCCAGGACGUGAACGAAUGUGCCAUGGGCGGCAACCCCUGCAGCUUUGGCUGCUCCAAUACAGAUGGAGGCUACCUGUGUGGCUGUCCAGGAGGAUACUACAGAGCAGGACAGGGUCAUUGUAUAACAGGGUCAGGUUUUCCUGGACAGUUUGCCUCCGAGGGAAAUGAGGAUGACAGCCUUUCUCCUGAGGCUUGCUAUGAAUGUAAGAUCAACGGAGCAGGAAAGAGCGGACGUCACAGACGUAACACCGUUGGCAAUGAGCUCAGCGAGGAACCAGCAGUGAGUAUGGCCAGCUUAGACACCCAGGCCUCCAUCCCAAUGAACCUGUCUCUGGCCUCGCUGCUCAACAAAGAGCCUCUGAUGGAGCUCCUUCCUGCCCUGGAGCCUCUGGAGAACCAUGUGCGCUACGUCAUCACCCAUGGCAACACCAACGAGCACUUCCGGCUGCUAGAGCGCCGCGACGGGAAGAGUGUGCUGAGGAUUGGCAGAAGGCCGCCUUCUCCAGGCUCGUACCGGCUGGAGAUUACCAGCCUACCGCUGUUUGGGCCCCGCAGACUACGCCAGCUGGAGGACCAGCACGACAGCGACUACCUACUGGGAGAGAUAGGAGACCCCCUGCGCAUCAAGCUCCACAUCCACCUGCACUGAGCUGAGAACGCUCGCAAGCCUGCCCUGGACUGAGUCCUAAACCCCAAACCCUGACCCCUGACCUUUGAUCCUAAACCUGACCUUUUAUCCUGUAGUCC